AUGGGUUCCAAUGAAAAAAUGUAUUAUUAUUUAAUAUGUUAUUAUUUAGUGAUCAGUUUCUGCAUAACUUAUCAUGAUUGUUAUACAAUUGAAAUGAAUCCAUACGGGAAUUUAAUGUAUCCUACAUUAUCAAAUACACCGUCAUCGGCAUCAUCGGCAAAACUACGCGAAUCUCCAGCACCUACACAAUCUGCAAUGAGUAAAUAUCAUUUAUUAAGCAAUGAAGAUCAACUAAUCACUCCAUACACAAAUGAUCGUUUUAAUUAUGAUAACAAUGAUUAUGAUUAUUAUCAGCAGCGUCAUCAUCCAAAAAUGUCAAAACGUGCUGAUUUGAGAGAUUUAUCCAUUCAUAGUGAUAUGGCAUUUUUACGUAAAUUAUUCGAUCAAAAAAAUCAUGAAUUAUUAAGACUUGGAUAA